AUGUCCGCCGCCGACCCGGAUUCAACACUACCCCCCGUGGCCAUACAAAAUAAUUCCGUCAUGCUGCCGAAUGGGACCGGGAAAGCUGCAGCCGUCGCGCCAAAGUUGAGCGACGACGACCAUGUCGAGAUGGAGGAUAUGCUGCCUCCAGGGCCGGAACAUAGCCCCGAGGAGGACAUCAUGCAUCUGGCGCGGGUCGGAGAUAUCCAAGGGAUUGAAAGGCUGUACCAGAGUGGGAAGUUUGAGCCUACGCAUUGCGAUGCGGAGGGAAUUACGCCGUUACAUUGGGCGGCAAUCAACAACCAGUAUGCAAUGUGCCAAUUCCUUCUGAAGGCCGGAGCCGAUGUCAAUAAGAAGGGAGGCGAGUCGGUGGCGACGCCGGCGAUGUGGGCGGCGCAACGGUGCCAUUAUUACACGGUUCAUCUCUUACUCGAACAUGGCGCGGACCCUCUCAUUUCAGACGUCCAAGGCUACAAUAUCCUCCAUCUGGCGACAUUUGAGGGUAACCUAUUCCUACUGGUCUUACUGUUACAUCAGAAUAUCAAUGUGGAUAUACCGGAUAGCCACGGCCACACCUGUUUGAUGUGGGCUGCGUAUAAGGGAUUCCCGGCAUGCGUGGACCUGUUUCUCAGAUGGGGCGCGGACGUUCACGCGGUAGACGAAACUGGAUUUACAUCCUUACAUUGGGCACUUGUGAAGGGAUCUCAAGGUUGCAUACAGAAGUUGGUCGAGUAUGGCUCUGAUCGGUUUGCCGAGACGUCGACAGGCAAGACGCCAGCUAUUACUGCAGAGGAGAUGAAGACGCAGAGGAUCUGGCACCGCGCUUUGAAAGAGUGUGGAUUCGAUGAGGAUGCGAUGCCCAGGGCUAUCGAAUUCCCCAUGUCCUCGUGGCUGGUGAAAAAUAAUCGAGGAUUCAUGACUAGGUUCUUCUUUUUCUGGCCGUGGAUGGUGGUUUGGGUCAUGAUCAUGAUCUCGAGUCAUAUGGUGGUGUUUGCGGGCGUGCCAUUUGCUUUAUUGGCGGGCUAUUCGUUGCAGUGGGUGGCCACAUCGAUAAUGGAGUACGCUCCAUCUGAUAUGAGGCAUCUUCAUAAAACUCCCUGGCUGGCAGGCAUAUUUGCAGGAACUCUUUUCUGGGUAGGCUUGAGGUGGUUUUCCAACAUCCUUCCAGUUACCUAUUCGUCAAUGCCAUUCAGCAACAUCGUGUUUGGGGCGCUGUACAGUCUAUGCGGAUACUUCUACUUCUGCACGAUGCUCUACGAACCUGGCUUUGUUCCCAAAUUGGGAGGUCUCACAGAGCAAAAGGCCGUAAUUGACGAAUUACUAGCGCUGUGGAAGUUCGACGAAAGCAACUUCUGCGUUCCAUGUAUGGUGCGACAACCGCUGAGAAGCAAACACUGUAAGCGAUGUAAUCGUUGUGUUGCGAAGCAUGAUCACCAUUGCCCAUGGGUGUACAACUGCAUUGGUGUCAACAACCACCGCCACUUCUUCCUAUACCUGAUUACCCUCGAGGCUGGUCUGGGCUUUCUAGUCAGAAUCACACUCGGAUACUACGCAAUCAUCUCUCCCGACGCAUCUCCGAGCUGCAACGUUCUCGCGGAAUCCCUCUGCCGCGUCGUGAACUCCGACCCCUACACUCUCGUUUUGAUGGUCUGGGGCAUCCUCCAGCUCUCCUGGGUCACAAUGCUCAUGUUCGUUCAACUCGUGCAAGUAUCGCGGGCCUUGACGACCUGGGAGAAUAUGAAGGGCUCCCACCACGGGCACUACUCCAGCAAAGCUUCCGAGGCCAUCACCUCCGCCCUCACGACCGGCACCGCCUCUCGCGCCGGCGCCCAAAUCGGCAGUACAGGCCUCGGUCCUGAUCCUGCAUUGCCGCCUAGCCACUCCCCACAUGCCCAUCACCAUAAAUCCGGAUGUUUUGCGCAGUGGAAGAAAAUUCUUGGCGUCGACACUUUUGUUGAGACGGCGCUGGAUUACAAGGGCGGCAAGAAUGCGCGGGCGAAUCGCAAUCCGUUUUCGAGAGGGUGUAUGGGGAAUUGCAAGGACUUUUGGUGUGAUCCCGCCCCGAUAUUUGGCAAGAGGGAGAAUGGGUCUGCGAUGCUGGGUGGGCAGGUGGUGAAUUACACGACGAUGUAUGAGACGCCGAGACUGAUGAGUGCGAGGAGGGCCGGGGGUGGGAACGGGGUUGGGAUUGGGGGGCAGUAUGAGAGCGUGCCUAGUGAGGAUGUUUGA